AUGGAAGACAAAGAAAUUGUACAGUCAAAUUCAAAUGGUGAUAACCAUUUAAUAAACCUUAAAAAUGAUCAAGAUAAAAAUUCAUCAACUACUCAUAUUCCUUCUCGCUAUUCAUCAUUCGAAUCAGAUGUACAGACAUCAAAACAGAAAAAUAAUGGAAUCUAUAAUAAUGAUCAACUUAGCAAAAUUAUGAAUAAUACAUCAUCGAGAGAUAAUAUUCAAUAUUGUAACAAUAGGAUUGAUGACACAAACUCGACAGAAAAACAACAUUUACAAAAAUAUUUUUCAAAUAAUUCUACAUCUAAAUAUACUAAUUCGAUAGAACACCAAAAUAUGAUGAAUAUACAUGAUGAAGAUUUAGAUGCAUGCAAAACAAAUGAAACAAACGAACAGGUUGAUAUAAAUAAUAAAGAAAAGAUAAAAAAUGAAUAUGAAGAAUUCAAAAAUGCUCACGGUUUAAAUUUUCAAAAUAAUUUUUAUAAAAAAGAAGAAACAUAUGAAAAGAAAUUAAUAGAACCCAUAAAAAAUACAUCUAUAAAAACAGAAGAUCAAAAAGGUUCCAUGAAAAUAUUUGUUAGUAAUUAUGGAGAUAAUAUAUAUAGAAACACAGAAAUAGAAAAAAAUCAAACAGAAUCAUGUAAAAAUUUUACAGACCAAAAAUAUAAAACUCAAUAUUAUGAUGAAAAUAAAUUAUCACCUCUAUAUAAAAAUAAAAGUGAUAAAUUUUAUGAUACAUUUAGUGACGAAAAAAAAGAACUCCAUUUUAAUUCAAUAGAUAAAUUAAUGAAAGAAAUACAAAUAUUUAAUAAUUCUAUGCAAACUAUAACAUCUAAUGAUCCUACUUUUAUACAAACAAAUUGUAAAAAUAUGUAUUCAGAAAAUAAUUCAAAUAAAAGAGAGACACACGAAAUAAAUAACAAUCUUAUUAUAGAAAACCAAAUUAGUUGUUCUAAUACAUCUACAGAUGUAUGUUUUGUUGAAUCACCUCAAAAUUCAAAUCGAGAAACACCAACUAUCCUUGAUCAUGAAGAAUAUAAUCUUCAAGAUUAUUCCAAUCAUAAUUGUUAUGAAAAAAUUGAUUCCGUAAAGAGUUUUAAAAACUUGGAUAAAUCUGAAAUCAAAACAGAAAACUCUAUUUUAUAUAGUGAGGAUAAAGAAACUUAUCAUACAGAAUCAAACCAAAAUAACUUAAUGGAUAGCCAACUAAAUAAAUCAGAUGUAGAAUACACAGAUCAAGCAUCUGAUAAAAAUAGCUCAUACAAACAAAAUAAUGUAUUAUCAAACUCAAUAAAAUUAACAGAUGUAGAACCAUAUAACAAAUUAGAUAACGAAGAAUCUAUUGAAACUAGUAAAAUAUCAUCUAACCAAUGGGAAGAAAUGAAAAAAAGUUUUUAUGAUAUUGAAAAUAAUUUGCUUUACCUUAACAGAGAAAAUAAUUAUUCUUUAGAACGAAGUAUAGAAGCUAACGAAUUAUUGAAUUCUAAACAUUCUGAAACAAACGAAGAAAUAAAAUUUGAAAAAGAGGAGACACCAAAAAUAUCAUAUCACACUGAUGAAGAAACAACAAAAUCACAUCUAGAUGGUGACAAACAAUCUCCAAUUUAUAAUUAUGCACAGAAAGAUUCAUUUCCAAAUUAUGAAUAUGAUGAUACAGAAAAUAAACAUCUAAAUAUUAUAAAACAUUAUUCAGAUAAAGAUGAAAUAUUUCAAAACAAAAAUAAUAUAUCCGAACAAUUUAAUUAUAAUUAUUUACAGGAUUCCAUUAAUAUACAAAAUUCACUAAAUAGUUCUACUCCUAAAGAUUGUCAAAAUAAAUCAAAUUCUUGUUACACUGAUAAGGAACAUGAUACACAUUCUUCUCACACUAGGAGAAGCAUAAUUCCGGAUCUUAACUUAGAAAGAUGUAUCUAUUCAAAGGAGGGUUCUCCUACUGGUGCAUCUGAUACUCCUAACGAAAUUGACGUAUCUAACAGAGCUGAUGCAUCUACACGAAAUGAUACAGCUCGAAUUAGUCCCAUAGGAAAGGGAAGGACACCACGAAGUUCAAAAAGUGGAGCAUCCACCAAACCAUCUUUUGCAGUCGUAAAAACAGGAAAAAUAAAACAAACAGAAAAGGAUCUAGUAAAAACACCAAAAGUGUUUAAAAAAAAUGAAGGACACACAAGAACUAGUGUUAAUGUAGUAACUAAACCAUCUUCAAAUUAUAAUAUUUCAUCAAAUGCAAAUUGUUCUCCCCAGUGUAAUAGUGGAGGAAAUGGAAUCACUCCUACAUCUACUAAAUCAAAUAAAAAUGAAAAAGAUAUAACAUAUAAUAUGAAUGUUGUAAUUAGAUGCAGACCUAUGAAUAAUAAUGAAAAAAAUGAAGGAGCAAAAAAUGUUAUAAAAAUUAUGGAUAAUAAAAUGAUUGUACUACUAGAUCCAAGUGAUCAUUCCGAUAAUGUAUUAAGACAAAAUAGAACUAAAGAAAAAAGAUAUUGCUUUGAUUAUGUUUUUGAUGAAAGUAGUACCCAAGAAGAUGUAUAUAAUAAUAGUGUAAAACCAUUGGUAGAUGCAGUAAUCAAAGGAUAUAAUUCAACAGUUUUUGCAUAUGGAGCUACAGGUGCAGGUAAAACACAUACAAUUAUAGGAUAUAAAAAUGAACCCGGUAUUAUGAUGAUGAUAUUACAAGAUCUAUUUAAAAAAAUUAAAACAUUAAAAGCUAUGAAUGAAUAUAAAGUAAAAUGUUCCUUUAUCGAAAUUUAUAAUGAAAAUAUAUGUGAUUUAUUAAAUCCAUCAAGUGAAUAUCUUGAUUUAAGAGAAGAUCCUGUAAAAGGUAUAACUGUGUCUAACAUUUAUGAAGUAUGUACUACAUCUGUUGAAGAAAUUAUGGAAUUAAUUCAUACAGGAAAUAGAAAUAGAACCCAAGAACCCACAGAUGCAAAUAAAACCAGUUCUAGAAGUCAUGGUGUGCUACAAGUAACUGUUGAAGAAACAGAAAAAGGACAAGGCCUAUAUCAACAAACAAAAAAAGGAAAAUUGUGUGUUAUAGAUUUAGCAGGUAGUGAAAGAGCUAGCCAAACUAAUAAUAAAGGAAUGAGAAUGCUAGAAGGUGCAAAUAUAAAUAGAUCAUUGUUAGCUCUAGGAAACGUUAUAAAUGCAUUAGUAUCUAGAAGUAAAGGAACUAGUAAAUCAAAUUUUAUACCAUUUAGAGACAGUAAAUUAACAAGAUUAUUAAAAGAUUCUUUAGGGGGUAAUUGUAAAACUUUAAUGAUUGCCAACAUAAGUCCUUCACAUCUAUCUUAUGAAGAUACUCAUAAUACACUAAAAUAUGCAAAUCGAGCAAAAAAUAUUAAAAAUAUUGUUACAUCUAAUUCGGUUGUAGUUAAACAUCAUUUAACUAUGUAUAUAGAUGUAAUCGAAAAAUUAAAAACGGAAAUAGAAUCAUUAAAAGAACAAUUAAACGAUAAAGAAAAAAUACAUGAUUUUAUAAUAUCUGAAUCUAAUUCUACAAAUUAUGAUUAUUAUGAUUCAGUUAAAGAUUAUGAUAAAAAUUCUUCUAGGGAAGAAUUGCUCAAUGUUAUCUAUUUCUUAAAACGAGAAAAUCAAAAACUUAGAUGCAAUUUGGGUUCUAUGACCCCACAUACUUCAACUUUAGAUACUUCCACUCCAACAAACGAACUUAUUAAAUAUGGAGAAGAAAUUAAUAAUAUCAAAAUUAUUAAUGAAAAGUUAUUUAUAGACAAUAAAAAAUUCCAAAUCAAUCUACAAGAACAUAUCCAAAUUUCUGAAAACCUAAAAGAAAUUAACGAAGAAUAUAAAAAUCAAAUCAGUUCUCUAAAAAAUAUGCUUUACAACCAUGACGUUAGUCACCUUCAAAUGCGUCGCUGGCUCGAUGACCUUAAACGCAAAUACACACAAUUAAAGGAAAACAUAAAAGAUAACGACAAUGCCCAACUCCUCGAAGGAUUGCAGGAUGAACUUAACAAAGUUUUUGAUGAACGAAAACAAAUAAAGAAUUUUAUUUUGAAUAUCGAACGGAAUCUUGUUGAAAAUAAAGAGAUAGCUAUGGAUUCACUUAAAGGAAAUCAUUUUAAAAUGUUACAAGAAAAUAAAAAUAAAAUGGAAAAUCAACUACAAAUAAAUAUCAAACAAACUAACAAUUUAAUAAAUAAAUUAGUCACAAAUAUAAAAGAUGAACAAAUGAAAAGCUUCAUGUAUUUAUUCUAUACCAACACUCUUCUUAUGCAAGAGCGAGAAGAUUUUCAGGAUUUUUUCGAACUAUCCUCUGUCAUAAUUAACCAUAAAGAAAAACAACUUCAACAAUUAAUGGAUACAUCAAAGAUUUCAAAUAUUUCUAAUGCUCCCAAAAAAUAA